CCAGCUUCGUUGACGCUUCAGAAACACGUUGAGCUAAGUUGUCAAUCAAACUGGGACUCACCGACCGACAGUCAAAACCAGGUUGUUUGUUAUAAAUUCUAUAUUUAAGCAGUAUGGACGGGGCCAUUUUGGCACGUUGAUGUGUGUGACUUUAAACCGCAGGAGGAUAUGCUGUUUUUUAAUCUGCCAGAUCUCAGUCAGGAAGGAAGCACUUGUAUUGCAAACCUGCAGACUCUGAGCUAACCCAUUUUAUAUUUAACUGCUUCACCACUCCUGAUCACUGCGUUUUUUGGAAAUGAGAACGACAUUACUGCUGCUGCACGCCAUCUCCUGCUGCUGUUUGGUCAGUGCCACUCUCUCCAAAACUGAUGCAAAGAAGUCGCAUAAAGCUGAGGCUGAGACAUCUCCAGCUGAGCUGUCUGCAUUGGAGAGAGGCCUCGUUGUGUCAGACCCGCCCUGGAAGGACAUAGUGAAGGAGGAGAAGAGAUACUGUGCUCACAUCAAGAGAACAUUUCAAGGUCCAGUGCUUGGAUAUGUCACACCUUGGAACUCCCACGGCUAUGAUGUUGCCAAGACAUUUGGCUCUAAACUAACUUCAGUGUGUCCAGUUUGGCUUCAGCUCCGCCGAAGGGGACCUGAAACCUUUGAUGUCACAGGACUGCACGAUCAUGAUCCAGGCUGGGUCAAAGCUGUACGCAAGUCUAACAAAAAAGUCAGGAUUGUGCCCAGGCUGUUAUUUGAUGGCUGGUCUUACCAGGACUACAUGAGCGUGCUGGGGAGUGAAGAUGAAAUUGAAGAGCUGGGAAGCGAGCUGGUGGAUGUUGCAAAGACUGAAGGUUUCGAUGGUUUCACCUUGGAGCUGUGGAGCCAGCUGGGAGGGAACAAGAGGAAGGAGCUGGUCCAUUUGGUGAAACACAUAUGUGAGACUCUGAAGGCUAAAAGAUUAGACUGCAUUCUUGUCAUCCCGCCUGCUGUGACCAGUGUGGGGCAGCCAGGUAUGUUUGGCAGGGAGGAGUUUGAGCAGUUGGCCCCUGUAGUCGAUGGAUUCAGCCUCAUGACGUACGACUACUCCAGCGGUUCCAGACCGGGCCCGAGCUCUCCCCUGCCCUGGGUGCGAGACUGUGUGCUCCAGCUUGCUCCCAACACUCAGUGGAGGCAAAAGAUCCUGCUUGGACUCAAUUUGUAUGGCCUUGAUUUUGCAAGCCAGGGAACAGAGCCAAUCCUGGGAGGAAGGUACAUCGAGAUUUUGCGAGAACACAGACCAAAACUACUCUGGGACGAAUAUUCUGCAGAGCAUUACUUCAGUUACAAGAGGAACAACGCAGUUAAGCAUGUGGUGUACUAUCCAUCGCUGAAGUCGAUGUACCUGAGGAUCUCUUUAGCUACUGAACUGGGGACAGGAAUUUCCUUGUGGGAGUUAGGACAAGGUCUGGACUAUUUCUAUGAUCUCCUAUGAGAGUUGGACUUGAUAGUGAAGACUGUGGACCAUCAACACAUGGAUUUUUCGUUCUUUGAACAUGGAGCACCAAAAUUCAAGCGCUGUGUGCAGGUAUUUUUUUUUUUCAGUUUUUGGUUUCUGGGUUACAUGAACUCUGGAACGAGCUGUUGACAGGAUUUAGUUAAUACUAAACCUGUUUGAGGGUCAUGAAAGUGUUGAGAAAUCUUCUCUACACGUACAAUUCCGGUACUUGAGUAUGUUUUAUUCCAUUUCAUUGAUGGUAUUGUGGAAGAAUUUCAACGUGUAGAGUUUAGUGAAGAGCGCAGUGACACAUCUCCAUUCAACAACAGAGGGUGCAUGAUCAUCUACAUGUGUAACGCUUAAGUGAAGGGUUCUUCUCUUGUUCACGUGCCACAGACAACUGCAGCCUCUCCUCAGUUCAAAUACAGAAAUCUUCUGCUGUUUUGCUCUCCAUUGUCCACUGUGAAGAUGCAUCCUUCUUUGGCUUUGAACAUCCUCAAAUCUACAUCUGCUUUUUCUCUCUCUCUUUUUUUUAAAUUUCCAAAUCAAGACAUUUGAUUGUGUGGCUUUUUAUUAGGUUUAUAAUAACAACACUGACAAGUAACCAAACAUCUGUUCUGACCAGCAUCUUCCAAUAUUUGUCAGAGAUGAAUGUUUGUUUAAUUACAUGAAUAUAAAUGUGGAACAAGUGAGCAGUUGAA